AGCAGGCACAGCACCGGUGGCCAGAACGAAGCACAGUAAGUCAGGAGCUGCCCCCUUAGAGCACCAGGCUGGCUGAGGGCAAGUCACCAGGAGAACUGAGAGGAUGGGGAACUCUCUGCUGAGGGAAAACAGGUGGCAGCAGAACACUCAAGAAAUACCCUGGACUCUGAAAAAUCAAAGCUUUGAACACAGAACUUCCAGAUGCUGGGACCGCUACAUUGCCGCAGGGUGUUUCUGCCUUCCGUGGAAAAAAGUACGCAUUCGUAAAGCAAAGCCAGAUUCUUCAACGGAGAAUAAAGGAAUGUCAUCUGCUCCCAUACAGGACAAUGUUGACCAGAGCUCCUCGGAGGAUCUCUGCUACACCCUCAUUAAUCACAGCGUCCCUAGGGGAAGGCCAUCAGAGAUCUCCAGUGAGGGGUGCUAUGAGAAUGUUUCCCCUAAGACCGAGACACCCAGGAAGUCCUUGGGAGAAACCGAGACUUCAUACGCACUCCUCCGGGUGCCUUCCUCUCCAAGGCAUUUUUCUUCCCCGGAAGAGGAAUAUGAACUUGUCAUGCCUCAGAGAAUCUCCUUCCACCCCCUGCAGCAGCCACACCUACCUCUGCUACCUUCGGAGACUCAGGUUACCUACUUAGAAUGAAAUAGUUGGACCAGCACUUGUCUAACACCAGUAACUAAAAACUGGGGGUUCGAGGCUCUGGUUGAAGCAGGCGUGAGGUCCAGAGCUCUUCAGGCUUACCCCUUCUCCACACACACAGCAGUCCUUACUACAGGGGUCUCCACAGAACCUGGUUUGCCAACCACAGGGCCUCCUAGAUCCAGCUCAAUAUUCAUCGUCCAAAGACCAACCACCUAUCCUGAACACCACUGUUUGGGAAUGGAGUGGCCAUCUUUGAUUCCAAAUGGCUUUGGAAGUGGGCCACUUUGCUCGGUGGCGUGAGGAGCUUCUUGGUCCCCUACAGCUAUGACCAUCACAAAGGGUCUGCUCCUCUGUCCAGGUUCUUCUCAUAAAAUGUCCACAUAACUGUCUUCUGGAGUCACAGGGCAGUUUUACCCAUCGUACUCAGUGGGCUCAGGGGAGUCCACUCAUUCCACACGUUUGAAGGCCCAACCCCUCACUCAGAGCCUUCUGGGCAGGAACCUGUGUGCUCCUCUCACCCCAGGCCCCUUAGCCGUGUCCUUUGACCCACUGACCCUCCUGCCUUUGUUAGUUAUAUGGGUUGAAUGAGUAAGUUCUACGUCAGGUUUUUCCAUAAUUUUAAAUAUAAUUUUAAUUCAUAUUUUUUUACCGUCAUAUUUCUCCUAGAAAUCUUACCCAGGAAAUCAUAGCAUUAGAUAAUGAUAGAGUAGAAAGACCUAUGAAGACACUCUAAUCCCAUUAUCCUUUUUGCUCAGAGGAGUAGCGCAAUAUACAUUGGAAGUUAGUGACAUAACUUUAUCCAGAGCCUGAUUUCCCAGCUUCCAAUUCAGCACUCUUCCAACAUACUACACAGAAGAGCCCCUACUCAGCUGUGUGGUGUAUGUGCGGAUGAACUAAUAGGUCAUGUAUAAAAUAUGAAAAAAAAAUGUCCAUGUGGGAAAAAUAACACCCCCACACCCCUACACACAUUCCCCUUCUCUAAUGAGCCUUUCUAUAUAGGUUCUGGUUAUUUUUCCUAAUUUUUUCUUCAUUGUUCCUAGAAUUCCAUCCAUCCCCUAAACUAGGGGUCAGCAAACUAUGACCCACAAGCCAAAUCGGACCUACUGUCUUUUUUUUUUCUAUAAAGAAAAUGUUACUGGAACCCAGCCAUGCUUAAUUAUUUAUACUGUAUACAUGUUCACACUGUCUGUGGCUGCUCAGCCACAGAAGAGUUGAGUAGUUGUGACACACAUUGAAGGUCCUGCAAAGCCAAAAAUAUUUUUUUUUGCCCUUUUCAGAAAAAAAAAAAAAAUUGUAGACCCCAGGCCUAAAUGAUGAUACUUGUAAAUAAACUUAACAGAAAUGUGUUCGGUUAUUGUAACUCGUAAGACCUGGUACCAAUAAACUGGCAUGAAAAUAUUAAACCACAAAUGAUAUGAGUGAGACCAAGAAUAAUUAGCAAAUUAGACUAUUUCUAUAUUCACACCUGUGUUCUCAACUUCCUGUUUUAUUUAACCCGUGGCCAUUGUCCUAAUUUUGGGGAUGUUAAAAUAGUAGAGGUUUGUUGACAAAGUAGUAGAUAACGUUAUGUGUCUAAUUACUGUUUUGCCCCCCAAAGUAACUAAAGUUAAAUAACUGUUAUUUACAACGUGCUGAAUGCCAGUGAGGAGAAAUCCAGUGACAUGAGGUUGGACAUGUCAACACACGUUUGCUGAGACUUCAGGCAGUUGGUGGUCUUCAGCUAAGAGCCAAUCCCAUCUGGGUAUCUUGUCCUCUGCUAACUUCCUAUUUUCAGCCAUGGACCCCUAUGGAACCCUCACCUUGACCCCUGGCCAGGAUUCACUUAGGGGAAAGAGUGUGGACACUAAAGUCAGAUAAUCAGUGAUUCAAAUCCUGGUUCUAUCCCUUCCUCCCUCUGUGACCUUGAGCAUGUAACUUGAAGAUUCGGCUUUAUCACCCGUAAAUGGAAGGGUUGCAUCUAAUGUAUGUAAUUCAUUUACCGCAGACCUUGAAUAAAUGAUAUGA